GCUGAUUUUUAUGUGUCAUUUUCUAUCUGCUUUUUUCAGAAGUGUUUCAGAAAGUUCUGCUAUUUCUGACCCUCUUUCUCCUCUCUUCAAGAAAUACUCUUUAGACCAAUAUAUCUUUUAUUUGUUAUCUUGAAAGCUCUACCAAAGUGGACUAGAACUGAUUGCAGAUGAUGUUUUCUUGUUGAAUUUCAGUUUCCUUGAGGAGAGUAAACUGUUUGAAUCUACAAGGAGCUGAAAACGCUUUAAAGAUUAAAAACUUUGCCAUUACUUUAUUGGGAUGCAGUUUUCUUGAGGAGAUUUAGCUGUUUGAAUCUACAAGGAGCUGAAAAUGGUGUAAAGAUUUAAACUUUGCGCGAUUGUUUUUAUUUAAAUGCAGUUUUUUUCUUGAGGAGAUUUAAGCUCUUUUGAAUCUACAAGGAGCUGAAAAUGAAUCCCAGCUUGAAAAAACCGAGGGAAUCGGUGGAUUUGUUGAAUGAGUCAACAGCAUCACCAUUCCCAGAUGAGGUGUUGGAGAAGGUGCUGUCACUUGUGCAGUCUCACAAGGACAGAAACUCAGCUUCAUUGGUUUGUAAGGAUUGGUACAAUGCAGAGCGUUGGACAAGGACUAAGUUGUUCAUCGGGAACUGCUAUUCGGUCUCUCCUGAUAUUGUAGCAAGAAGAUUUCCCAAGAUUAAGAGCGUUACCCUUAAAGGGAAGCCAAGAUUUUCCGACUUUAAUUUGGUCCCAGAGAAUUGGGGUGCUGAUAUUCAGGCUUGGCUUGAUGUUUUUGCCAAAGUUUACCCCUUUCUUGAGGAGUUGAGGUUGAAGAGGAUGACCGUUAGUGAUGAGAGUUUGGAGUUUUUGGCUAAAUCAUUUCAUGGAUUUAAGGCUCUCUCUUUGUUGAGUUGUGAUGGAUUUAGCACUGAUGGGAUCAAAUCCAUUGCUACUUACUGCAAGAGGUUGACAGAGCUGGACAUUCAGGAGAAUGGCAUGGAUGAUAUCGCUGGUAGUUGGCUAAGUUGUUUUCCAGAUGACUUUGCAUCACUGGAGGUGCUAAACUUUGCCAGUCUGAACAGUGAGAUCAGUUUCGAUGCCCUAGAGAGACUUGUCAGUAGGUGCAAAUCGCUGAGGGUUCUGAAGGUGAAUAAGAACAUUAACUUGGAUCAAUUGCAACGCCUGCUUGUCCGGGCUCCUCAGCUGAUGGAGCUCGGUACAGGAUCCUUUCAUCAAGAACUCACGAGUCGGCAGUACGCACAAGUUGAAAGUGCAUUCAGCAACUGCAAACAUCUGCACACUCUCUCAGGUUUAUGGGAUGCGACUUCUCUAUAUUUACCAGUUCUUUAUGCAGCCUGUUCUAGUCUGACUUUUCUCAACUUGAGCUAUGCAACCAUUGGGAGUGGUGAAUUAUCGAAGCUUCUUGCUCAUUGCCAAAAUUUGAGACGCCUUUGGGUCCUUGACACUGUCGAAGAUAAGGGAUUAGAGGCUGUUGGAACCAGCUGCCCCUUGCUUGAAGAACUGCGAGUCUUCCCUGCCGACCCUUUUGACCAGGAUAUAGCCCAUGGGGUGACGGAGUCGGGCUUUGUGGCUGUGUCUGCCGGUUGUCCUAAGCUUCAAUAUGUUCUCUAUUUUUGCCGGCAAAUGACUAAUGCUGCUGUUGCAACGAUAGUGCGUAACUGCCCUGAUUUCACCCAUUUUCGUCUCUGCAUAAUGAAUCCUGGCCAACCAGAUUACCUGACAAAUGAACCCAUGGAUGAGGCUUUUGGUGCAGUGGUCAAGACUUGUACAAAGCUCCAGAGGCUUUCCGUUUCUGGGCUGUUAACUGACCAGACCUUUGAGUAUAUCGGUAAGUAUGCCAAGAACCUUGAGACACUUUCAGUGGCUUUUGCUGGGAGCAGUGACUGGGGUAUGCAGUGCGUGCUUGACGGCUGUUCUAAGCUGAGGAAGCUGGAGAUAAGGGAUUGUCCAUUUGGAAAUGCAGCACUUCUUUCUGGACUGGACAAGUAUGAAUCCAUGCGGUGUCUUUGGAUGUCAGCUUGCAAUGUCACCAUGAAUGGUUGUCGGUUACUUGCAAAAGAGAUGCCUAGAUUGAAUGUCGAAGUAAUCAAAGAUGAGGACAGCGAUGACUACGCUGAUAAGGUGUACGUCUAUCGUUCUGUGGCAGGGCCACGAAGGGAUGCUCCACCUUUUGUUAAAACUCUUUAGUACAAAGAAACUGGAACUUUGGUGUUGCUCUGAGACACCUUUCUAUUCCAGCUGGCUUUAUCUGCUGCAUGAUGUUCGUAAAGGUGGAAGAGAGAAAUUAAGUGGACAAUGGGGCUGAAUAUGCUACACUUUCUAUGUUUUACUUGUUGGAGAAGCGUGAAAAUUUUCAAGGAAGAUCAACAAAAGGGAUGUUUGUGCUCUUGUUGGCCUUUAUGCAUUAUUAUGAUGAGAAAGAAACCAUGCUAAUCUCUUACAGUUGGUGAGAUCUUUGCAAAUAAUCAUCAAUCUAUUGGUAUUGCCAGCUGCCAAUGGCAAUACAUGGAGCAGGGACGGGAAUAAGUGGAACGAAUGACCACAUGAGGGAGUUAAAGUUGAAUCUGCCUGAGAAAACCUUCAGCAGAAUGUGCAUGUCAGAAAAUCUGUAGAGUCCUGAAGUUUUUCUGGCUCUUUCAAAGUGGAAGCAUGAGAAAACUUAGAUAUUGAGCGUGAAACUCGCUCAAGCUGAUGUAUGCUGGUUUGAUUAGUCGCGAAGUUUCUUAUAAUAAACAGCAUAAUCAUAAAGAAAGAAAAAUGAGAGUCACAGAUUUUUAUCAUGUAACUUGAAUGAUGAUCAUUAGGUCUCACAGACUUUAGUCUCUUUUUUUUCUUGCACCAGACUGAAGUCAUUUGGCCAAAGUUGAAAAUGCAAAAGAAGAAGAAACCAUGGUAUUCUUUUACA